GGCUCAGUGGCUGUAAGUCAACUCGUCUAGUGAGCUAGGAGCAAGAUUCACUAUUUCAACCUAGUUGUACUACUAGGUAACAACAUCAGAUAAACACGUGAAUAUAUAUGUUCUGAUUUGAUUUGUCCAAUAAGGUCCGAGGACCACGAAAAGGAGUGUACAGCAUAUUUUAAGUGAAUCUCCUUGUGUGAUUUUAAAAGGAGGACAAAAAUAAGAAGGUAGGCUAAAUUAUGAAAUAAGAACAAGUUAUUUCAAAGGAAGCAAAAGCUACAAUAACACAGGCGAUAACAUAGCAUAAAGGGACAACGCGCGCAGCAGAGUGGUGACCUGGCCAGAGCGCGAUGUUUGGAAUGAUAAAGAAUACAAUUUUCGGGAACACCGAAGAAACGGACUACAAAUUGCUCAGCAGCGAGACCAAGGAGGGGGUCAGCUAUGAGGUGCGGCGGUACGAUGGUGCAAAGUAUGCCUCAGUGAGCUCAGAGGGGCGGACCUUUGACCAGGUGAUGGGGGAGCUAGUGAGGAAGCUGCUCGUGUACAUUGGUGGAAGCAACGACCAAGGGGAGGCAAUGGGGACGACAGCACCGGUUAUCAUCACAGUAUAUCCCAGGGACGACGGUGUGAUGUCACGCCGUUUGGUGGUUAGCCUCAGGAUUCCUACCAACUACCAAGUCAGUCCCCCUGUGCCCAUCGACAGUGCCAUCAGAAUCGAGGAUCGACCCGGCAUGACUGUCUACUCACUGCAGUUUGGAGGCUUCGCAGGGGAGACUGAGUACCGAGCAGAGGCCUCUCGCCUAACCAAAACUCUUGGUGAGACUGCCCCAUUUCAACGGAAACAGUACUUCUGCUGCACCUACGACCCACCAAUGAAACCCUACGGCCGACGCAAUGAGGUGUGGUUCCUACAGGAGGAGCCAUAAGAGAAGCAUUAAGACCAACUCUUAAUAAUAAACUAUAGUCACUUCCUCUCCAUCUUCACUGAUCACUCCACAUCUUGAUCUUCAUCCCCCAAAAAUAGGAUAUGUGAAAAUAAUAUGACAACAGGGGAUUUGUUUUCAAAUCAGUGCAAAUGAAGGAGAGGUGAUGCAAAGAAGUGUAUUAGACUAUUGAAAGGUCAUAAUGGGGAGGGAUGGGCAGCGGGCUACAUAGUUACUGGUCCAAAGUAGUGCAAUAGUACGGUACCAUUAUCAGUAACUGGAUAUUAAGUGGCUUGGGGUAGGAGCCACUAACCACAAUGUACCACUGUGUGUUAUAGGUGGUACAUCAUUAAGUUCUUAUUCUGUACACCCAGGGGUUGACACUCCCCUUAACACAUGCUUCAUAGUGCUUGGAAGAAAAACACAUUAAAUCACUGUACACAUAUCACUAUUCAGCAGUCUAAUUAUAUUAUGCUUCACUUCACACACCAUAAAAACAAAAUGACAGUUAAGUAUUCAAUAAGUAAUUAAAUUAAGUUUUAAAAAGCACAAUUCCUUUUCCCAAGGGAGGGAAUUGGAAAUAAACUAGGAAUUGAGCCAUAGAGUAGUGAUAGUCAAAUGUUUUCCUGAGUAUGAAUUAGUUGGUGGGGAGGGAAUGAAGGAGAAAUAUAUUAGUCAUUCCUUAAGUGUUAUCAUUUGAGAUGUCUAAUCCUUCUGUGAUGAUGACAUGAAAACUUUAAGACAGCAGUUGUGUGUAAUGAAUGUUUUGGCGUGCUUGUAUUUGGAGUCUUUGAAUUGUAAUGUUAUUAUGAUUCUUAAAACUGUAUUUUGAAAUA